AUGGAGGAAAAGGCGUAUUGAAUACUGAGAGACCAGGACGCUGAUGGCUGGGGACGCUCUGAUUUCCCUAUCAUCUGCGAGUCUUGCCUCGGUGUCAAUCCUUAUGUCCGAAUGACACAGGUAGAUUAUGAUAAAGAGUGCAAGCUCUGUACCCGACCAUUCUCAGUUUUCAGGUGGCGACCUGGUCGGGGCAAAACAGAAGUUUGUCACACAUGUUGCAAGCGGAAGAAUGUGUGUCAAGUCUGUCUGUUGUUGGAUCUUGAGUAUGGUCUUCCAGUUCAAGUCAGAGACACGGCGCUCAACAUUGGCAAUCAUAACUCUAUCCCAAAGAGCGAUGUCAACAGGGAGUUAUUCGCUGAAGAACAUGAUCAAAGGACGAGAGCAGGACUAGAUUAUGAAUCUUCUUUUGGGAAGAUUCGACCUAACGAUACCAUUGGUAUCAUUCAAAGAACAACGCCACACUACAAGAGGAACCGAGCACAUAUCUGUAGCUUCUACAUUAGGGGAGAAUGUACGAAAGGUGAUGAGUGUCCAUACCGGCAUGAGAUGCAUGCAACAGGAGAGCAUGUACUAAACACAUUUUGCAGUGUAAACGAUCCAGCAGCGUCGAAGUUACUUGGAAAGGCUGGUGCGAUGAGCACUUUGGAAUCUCCAGAAGAUCAAAGCAUCAGGACGCUUUACGGUGGUUGGCUAAACUCGAGAGUCCUUGAGCAAGACAUAGGAGAUUAGUUCUACACCUAUGGAGAUAUCGAAUCCAUCGGAAUCUUGGCUGAGAAAGCAUGUGCCUUUGUCACAUACACAACCCGAGAAGGAGCAGAGAAAGCUGCAGAAGAGCUCAGCAACAAGCUACUUGUCAAUAGUGAGAAGCUCAAUCCUCCUCAGACUCCAAGCUCAGCUUCUGCUCCAACACCUGACUCUAUGUCUGGUGUCCUCCUCUCAGCAAUCUACUGA